AUGAACCUUCAAGAAUUCUCGUCGUGGCUGGAAAAGCCAACAACGGCCUUGGCUCUUUCGGUCGUGGCCCUUUUUUCGGCUUCUACAUUGUGUCCACUGCUUCUGGUCCAUUCGGUACAUCUUUUCCACGUCGUGGAGGACCAUCACUGUCCUGUAAGUUUAUUUAUUUUCCGAAAAACCAUCAAAAGUACACGCUACGGAGGCUUCUGGGAAAAUGUUUAGUGGCCACUAUAGAGGCUUGCUAAGGACUCCUUGGAGAGGACACUAAAGUGGCCACUAAAACGACUUCUAUAGUGGCCAUUAUUUUCCGUUUUAGUGGCCUCUUCAGUAGUUUUUCAUCCAUUAUUCCUUCCAGUAACUCUGAUAAUUUUGAAAAAAAAAACAGAUUGGACCAGUUAUGUUGAUCAAUUGACCCCUAAAGUGGCCACUAAAAUUUUUAGUCGUCUUGUAGAACCCCUAGAUCUUUAUAGUGACCACUAAUUUUUAACCCUUAAGUGGCCACUGAAUCGACUACUAUAGUGGUCACUAAAACGUCAAAACUCUAAACUGGCCACUAAAACAUUUCCCAGUUUUUUGAACUUUGUAUUUUUUCUAUUCCUUUCAUGCUUCUUCCAACAAAUGACGAAAAAUUAUUCCAGACGAUUGUCGGUGACCUGUGGAAGCGAAUGGGAGCCGCGAAGGAGGAAAUACACGGGGCAAUUCGCCAAAAAAGAGAACUGGCUUGUGAUUUUUCCAUUCUUUGAUUUUAAUAAUAAGAACGUUGAAUUAAGCCUGUUGUAUUGGUCCACCUGGUCCGAAAGGCUUCCCGGGCCACGAUUCAAAGGAUGGUUUUGAUGGAGAACCAGGUAGUUUUUUGGAAUGAUUUGUUGAUAAAUGCGUUUUUGACGGUUUUAUUCCAUUUUUCCACAAUAAAAUGAAAUCUUGUGUACUUUUUGCCACGUAACUUACCUUGUAACCUCGAGAAAUAGGUCCUUAACUAAUUGCAAAAAAGAAAGAAAAUUUAAAAAAUUUUCUGGCUCCGAAACUGACUGCGCAAUAUUGACCGGCCUUGUGAUAAAUGCGUUUUUGAAGUCUUCAUUUAUUUUUCUCAGUUCAAAGCUGUUUUUUUGAGAGGUGAAGAUGAAUAUUUCCUAGGAAACGCCGGCAGAAUGGGCCGUCCGGCGGAGCAUGACGACAGGCUUCGUUGCGUCCGCGAUUGCCCCACUGGUGCUCCCGGGUUUUUACCUUUUUUGAAACAUUUUUUCCAAUUUUAAACUAUAAAUUCGCUUUUAAAAGGGUUUUUUCAGAAGACCAGGACCUCAAGGUCCAAAAGGCGCCAAAGGACACCACGGUCGGAUUGGCGCCCAUGGAGUCGCGGCACCUCCUUCCGCCAGAGGAGAACCAGGAACUCCAGGAGAGAAAGGAUUCCCAGGUUCAUUUUAUUGAUAUAGCCUGUCAGCUUUGGAAUGUUAACAAGUUAUCUCUGUAUUUUCAAAAAGUUUCAAUAGCAAUAGGUACAAAAAAAAAUUUUAUUUUAUGAUUCUGAUGAAACUUCAUCCAGUGUGAUGACCCAUCAUCAGAAAUGCUUUUUGAGCCAUUCUCUCUUACUGUAGCCGGGUUACGGUAGGCAGGUGGGCACCUGCGUAUCUAAAGAGAAGAGCUUUUACUAGGCAAGUGAUAUAUCAAUCGAUAGGUAAUCAAAUUUUAGAAACUCUUACAGUAAUACCAACUUGGGUUACUGUAGGAAUUUUCGAGUUACGGUAAUUUUUGUGUUUGGAAAGUCGGUUCGGUCACCCUGGUCGUGGCUCGCUCAAGCUCCGCCCCUAAUGGCGUAAUUAACUAAUCAGAGAGCGAGCCACCCACUGAGCAUUUUCCAAUGACGUCAUUUUAGUUGAAAAUCAAAAUCUGAACAGGCUUAAGAGUUUUUCGUAAUCUGAAAUGAAAUAAUUUAAAAAAAAGAGGUCUCGAGUGGAAAAGCCGUUUUAAUAUUUUUCAGAGUAUUGCAAGACAUCUGUCAAUUUAAAAUCCCAUUCAAAACUUUCUCCCAUAGAUUAUUAAGCAAAGAAUAAAAGUUUUCAAAAUGGUCACAUUUUUGAUUCCCCAAUAUUAAGACUUUGAAUUUUUUUUUGGAAAUGUAUUUCACGGCGUUUUUUGGCAAAGGCCCGCUCAUAUUUUUUUCCCGUAAAUUGUAGUGUGUCGUGUGCAUACACUGCGGCGCUCUGGCCCACGCCACGUCCAAAGUAAUUUUUGCGAAAUUAUAAAUUUUAUCUCAAUUUCACGGCUUUUUUUAAGUGAAGAAAAUAGCAAAUCCAAAAAUCAAUGGGGCGUGGUCAAAACUCCCGCCGUUCCCAUGUGACGUCAUGCGAAAAACGCUUAAACAACCGAAGUCGAAAAAAAUUUUUAGAGAAUCAUUGGGAUUGGUUUUUAUAACGCACGUCUCAUUUCUCGCCUAGUUAAUUGAAUUUGGAUUAAAUCAAAAAAGCAUCGAUUGGACUAUUGAUCGAUUUUCCAGGACCGAAUGGCCUGAGGGGAGAAGCCGGCGAGCCAGGCCGGGUCUACGUGGCCGACGGUCCGCCGGGAAAAGAAGGCGAGCCUGGACCUCGAGGACCAAUCGGCGAGAAAGGAAAAGAGGGCCAUCGUGGAGAAAAUGGUUGAAAUAGUUCAUUCACUUCAACUUUACUGAUUUUUCUAGGGCUUCCUGGAGAGCGAGGCGAUCGAGGCUAUCAAGGCAUGAAGGGAGAACGCGGCGGGCGUGGAGGGUCUGGAACUUUCGGGCCAGCUGGUCAGUUUGAGAAAGUUACUAGGAUCAUUUUAGACUUGCUGGCAGCUUUUUAAUCGGAAAAGUUUUUUUUUUCGCGUUUUCCCUGAUUUCAAUGAUUUUCCUGCAUUAUCGCCCUUUUUUUGAUUGCUGAAACAAAAAAUGACUUGAGAAUCAGUGAAAUUUAGAAAAAAUGAAAUUUUUUUUUCACAGCUACCCACUACUGAUUAGAAGUUAGGUGCUCCUCAAGAUGGAAAAAUCAAUUUGGCAGCCCAACAGUCAGCUUCUCGAAAAAUUGGCAGCGCCUAAAGUCAGCUUCUCGAAAAAUUGGCAGCGCCUAAAAGUCAGUGUUACACCGGAAGGGUCACCGGCUCUUCCGUGUAAGCUUUAGACGUGUUGAAGGCAGACUGUCAUGAAGUCUUUAUUCGUGAGCCUCACACGCGUGUGGCCAAGACGCGUGCAGGGGAACCAAGUGAGAUACAGGCGUGUCUGCCGGAGCAAUUACCCGCCUAGAGCAUCGUUCACACAUGAAUACAAUAGAACGGAGAAAGAUAGUAUUCCUACUGUAACAUCAGCUUCUCGAAAAAUUGGCAGCGCCUAAAAGUCAGCUUCUCGAAAAAUUGGCAGCGCCUAAAAAGUCAGCUUCUCGAAAAAAAUUGGCAGCGCCUAAAGUCAGCUUCUCGAGAAUUUGGCAGCGCCUAAAGUCAGCAUCUCGAGAAUUUGGCAGCGCCUAAGAGUCAGCUUCUCGAAAAAUUUGGCAGCGCCUAAAAGUCAGCUUCUCGAAAAAAUUGGCAGCGCCUAAAGUCAGCUUCUCGAAAAAAAUUGGCAGCGCCUAAAAGUCAGCUUCUCGAAAAAUUUGGCAGCGCCUGAAAAGUCAGCUUCUCGAAAAAAAUUGGCAGCGCCUAAAGUCAGCUUCUCGAGAAUUUGGCAGCGCCUAAAGUCAGCAUCUCGAGAAUUUGGCAGCGCCUAAGAGUCAGCUUCUCGAAAAAUUUGGCAGCGCCUAAAAGUCAGCUUCUCGAAAAAAAUUGGCAGCGCCUAAAGUCAGCUUCUCGAAAAAUUGGCAGCGCCUAAAAGUCAGCUUCUCGAAAAAUUGGCAGCGCCUAAAAGUCAGCAUCUCGAGAAUUUGGCAGCGCCUAAGAGUCAGCUUCUCGAAAAUUUGGCAGCGCCUAAAGUCAGCUUCUCGAGAAUUUGGCAGCGCCUAAAGUCAGCAUCUCGAGAAUUUGGCAGCGCCUAAGAGUCAGCUUCUCGAGAAUUUGGCAGCGCCUAAAAGUCAGCUUCUCGAAAAAUUGGCAGCGCCUAAAGUCAGCUUCUCGAGAAUUUGGCAGCGCCUAAAAGUCAGCAUCUCGAGAAUUUGGCAGCGCCUAAAAGUCAGCAUCUCGAGAAUUUGGCAGCGCCUAAGAGUCAGCUUCUCGAGAAUUUGGCAGCGCCUAAGAGUCAGCUUCUCGAAAAUUUGGCAGCGCCUAAAGUCAGCAUCUCGAGAAUUUGGCAGCGCCUAAGAGUCAGCUUCUCGAAAAUUUGGCAGCGCCUAAAGUCAGCUUCUCGAGAAUUUGGCAGCGCCUAAAGUCAGCAUCUCGAGAAUUUGGCAGCGCCUAAGAGUCAGCUUCUCGAGAAUUUGGCAGCGCCUAAGAGUCAGCUUCUCGAAAAAUUGGCAGCGCCUAAAAGUCAGCUUCUCGAAAAAUUGGCAGCGCCUAAAGUCAGCAUCUCGAGAAUUUGGCAGCGCCUAAGAGUCAGCAUCUCGAGAAUUUGGCAGCGCCUAAGAGUCAGCUUCUCGAAAAUUUGGCAGCGCCUAAAAGUCAGCUUCUCGAAAAAUUGGCAGCGCCUAAAGUCAGCAUCUCGAGAAUUUGGCAGCGCCUAAGAGUCAGCUUCUCGAAAAAUUUGGCAGCGCCUAAAAGUCAGCUUCUCGAAAAAAAUUGGCAGCGCCUAAAGUCAGCUUCUCGAAAAAAAUUGGCAGCGCCUGAAAAAGUCAGCUUCUCGAAAAAAAUUGGCAGCGCCUAAAGUCAGCUUCUCGAAAAAUUUGGCAGCGCCCAAAAAGUCAGCUUCUCGAAAAAAAUUGGCAGCGCCUAAAGUCAGCAUCUCGAGAAUUUGGCAGCGCCUGAAAAGUCAGCAUCUCGAGAAUUUGGCAGCGCCUAAAAGUCAGCAUCUCGAGAAUUUGGCAGCGCCUAAAAGUCAGCUUCUCGAAAAAUUGGCAGCGCCUAAAGUCAGCUUCUCGAAAAAUUGGCAGCGCCUAAAGUCAGCUUCUCGAGAAUUUGGCAGCGCCUAAAGUCAGCAUCUCGAGAAUUUGGCAGCGCCUAAAAGUCAGCAUCUCGAGAAUUUGGCGGCGCCUAAAAGUCAGCUUCUCGAAAAUUUGGCAGCGCCUAAAGUCAGCAUCUCGAGAAUUUGGCAGCGCCUAAAAGUCAGCUUCUCGAAAAAUUGGCAGCGCCUAAAGUCAGCAUCUCGAGAAUUUGGCAGCGCCUAAAAGUCAGAUUCUCGAAAAAUUGGCAGCGCCUAAAGUCAGCUUCUCGAAAAAUUGGCAGCGCCUAAAAGUCAGCUUCUCGAAAAAUUGGCAGCGCCUAAAAGUCAGAUUCUCGAAAAAUUGGCAGCGCCUAAAGUCAGCUUCUCGAGAGUUUGGCAGCGCCUAAAGUCAGCAUCUCGAGAAUUUGGCAGCGCCUAAAAGUCAGCUUCUCGAAAAAUUGGCAGCGCCUAAAAGUCAGCUUCUCGAAAAAUUGGCAGCGCCUAAAGUCAGCAUCUCGAGAAUUUGGCAGCGCCUAAGAGUCAGCUUCUCGAAAAUUUGGCAGCGCCUAAAAGUCAGCUUCUCGAAAAAUUGGCAGCGCCUAAAGUCAGCUUCUCGAAAAAUUGGCAGCGCCUAAAAGUCAGCUUCUCGAAAAUUUGGCAGCGCCAAAAGUCAGCUUCUCGAAAAAUUGGCAGCGCCUAAAAGUCAGCAUCUCGAGAAUUUGGCAGCGCCUAAAAGUCAGCAUCUCGAGAAUUUGGCAGCGCCUAAAAGUCAGCUUCUCGAAAAUUUGGCAGCGCCUAAAAGUCAGCUUCUCGAAAAUUUGGCAGCGCCUAAAAGUCAGCUUCUCGAAAAUUUGGCAGCGCCUAAAAGUCAGCUUCUCGAAAAAUUGGCAGCGCCUAAAGUCAGCUUCUCGAAAAAUUGGCAGCGCCUAAAGUCAGCUUCUCGAAAAAUUGGCAGCGCCUAAAAGUCAGCAUCUCGAGAAUUUGGCAGCGCCUAAAAGUCAGCAUCUCGAGAAUUUGGCAGCGCCUAAAAGUCAGCUUCUCAAAAAUUUGGCAGCGCCUAAAGUCAGCUUCUCGAAAAAUUGGCAGCGCCUAAAGUCAGCAUCUCGAGAAUUUGGCAGCGCCUAAGAGUCAGCAUCUCGAAAAAUUGGCAGCGCCUAAAAGUCAGCUUCUCGAAAAAUUGGCAGCGCCUAAAGUCAGCAUCUCGAGAAUUUGGCAGCGCCUAAAAGUCAGCUUCUCGAAAAAUUGGCAGCGCCUAAAAGUCAGCUUCUCGAAAAAUUGGCAGCGCCUAAAAGUCAGCUUCUCGAAAAAUUGGCAGCGCCUAAAGUCAGCUUCUCGAAAAAUUGGCAGCGCCUAAAGUCAGCUUCUCGAGAAUUUGGCAGCGCCUAAAGUCAGCAUCUCGAGAAUUUGGCAGCGCCUAAGAGUCAGCAUCUCGAGAAUUUGGCAGCGCCUAAAAGUCAGCAUCUCGAGAAUUUGGCAGCGCCUAAAAGUCAGCUUCUCGAAAAAUUGGCAGCGCCUAAAGUCAGCAUCUCGAGAAUUUGGCAGCGCCUAAAAGUCAGCAUCUCGAGAAUUUGGCAGCGCCUAAAGUCAGCAUCUCGAGAAUUUGGCAGCGCCUAAAAGUCAGCAUCUCGAGAAUUUGGCAGCGCCUAAAAGUCAGCAUCUCGAGAAAUUUGGCAGCGCCUAAAAGUCAGCUUCUCGAAAAAUUUGGCAGCGCCUAAAGUCAGCUUCUCGAAAAAAAUUGGCAGCGCCUAAAGUCAGCAUCUCGAGAAAAUUUGGCAGCGCCUAAAAGUCAGCAUCUCGAGAAUUUGGCAGCGCCUAAAAGUCAGCUUCUCGAAAAAUUUGGCAGCGCCUAAAAGUCAGCUUCUCGAAAAAAAAUUGGCAGCGCCUAAAAGUCAGCUUCUCGAAAAAUUUGGCAGCGCCUAAAAGUCAGCUCUCGAAAAAUUGGCAGCGCCUAAAGUCAGCUUCUCGAAAAAUUUGGCAGCGCCUAAAAGUCAGCUUCUCGAAAAAUUUGGCAGCGCCUAAAGUCAGCAUCUCGAGAAAUUUGGCAGCGCCUAAAAGUCAGCAUUCUCGAAAAAUUUGGCAGCGCCUAAAGUCAGCUUCUCGAAAAAAAUUGGCAGCGCCUAAAAGUCAGACUUCUCGAAAAAAAUUGGCAGCGCCUAAAGUCAGCUUCUCGAAAAAUUGGCAGCGCCUAAAAGUCAGCUUCUCGAAAAAUUGGCAGCGCCUAAAAGUCAGAUUCUCGAAAAAUUGGCAGCGCCUAAAGUCAGCAUCUCGAGAAUUUGGCAGCGCCUAAAAGUCAGCAUCUCGAAAAAUUGGCAGCGCCUAAAGUCAGCUUCUCGAGAGUUUGGCAGCGCCUAAAGUCAGCAUCUCGAGAAUUUGGCAGCGCCUAAAGUCAGCUUCUCGAGAGUUUGGCAGCGCCUAAAGUCAGCAUCUCGAAAAAUUGGCAGCGCCUAAAAGUCAGCUUCUCGAAAAAUUGGCAGCGCCUAAAGUCAGCUUCUCGAGAAUUUGGCAGCGCCUAAAAGUCAGAUUCUCGAAAAAUUGGCAGCGCCUAAAGUCAGCUUCUCGAAAAAUUGGCAGCGCCUAAAAGUCAGAUUCUCGAAAAAUUGGCAGCGCCUAAAGUCAGCUUCUCGAAAAAUUGGCAGCGCCUAAAAGUCAGCUUCUCGAAAAGUUGGCAGCGCCUAAAAGUCAGCUUCUCGAAAAAUUGGCAGCGCCUAAAAGUCAGCUUCUCGAAAAGUUGGCAGCGCCUAAAAGUCAGAUUCUCGAAAAAUUGGCAGCGCCUAAAAGUCAGCUUCUCGAAAAGUUGGCAGCGCCUAAAAGUCAGAUUCUCGAAAAAUUGGCAGCGCCUAAAGUCAGCUUCUCGAGAGUUUGGCAGCGCCUAAAGUCAGCAUCUCGAGAAUUUGGCAGCGCCUAAAAGUCAGCUUCUCGAAAAAUUGGCAGCGCCUAAAGUCAGCUUCUCGAAAAAUUGGCAGCGCCUAAAAGUCAGCUUCUCGAAAAAUUGGCAGCGCCUAAAAGUCAGCUUCUCGAAAAAUUGGCAGCGCCUAAAAGUCAGCUUCUCGAAAAAUUGGCAGCGCCUAAAGUCAGCUUCUCGAGAGUUUGGCAGCGCCUAAAGUCAGCUUCUCGAGAGUUUGGCAGCGCCUAAAGUCAGCAUCUCGAAAAUUUGGCAGCGCCUGAAAUUGGACUGAAGCGGUCACUUAAGGUUCACGAUGCAUGGAGCAAACUACAUAUUUUCAAAAUUUCAAAGCUAUUUAUGCAAUUUUCAGGCGCAAAAGGAGAGCCGUGGCCAUGCGAGUCCUGUCCGGCGCCACGAGUUUCGCCGGGCUACUAUCUUGCCUCAAAAAAGAAAAUUUCUGUUCGAAAUUGA